UGUAUUUGUACAAAAGAGGAUAGAAUAAAAUAUACAAUUGCAUUUAAUUUUUACAAUAGAACUGAACUAUUAAGAAAAAAAGUUUAUGAAAAAUUGAGUUAGGCCAAUUGCUCACAAAACAUACAAAACUUGCAAAAUAUUCACAGUUGUCCGAGAAAUCACGAUGGGUUCAACAAUCUACAAUUUUACUAUUCUCUUUUUUAUUUUUGUUUAUGGAACUCAUGCAAACAACUUUGACUUGAAAGUUCAGGUUCCUGCUCAGAUGAUAGAAGGUUCGGAAGAUUAUAUGUAUUUUACUAAAGGUACUGGAAGUCCUACAUGCAGCUUUACACUUAAUAAACCAGAUGGAAGUGAAAUAACUACAGGCUCACUAGUGAUAGAUGGCUUUAAAUCUUUUACAUUGGCCAGUUCUCUUUUUACACAGAUCACUGCUGAUUUUUUAGCGACUUAUAAUUUUGACUGCUCAUUUCAAGGUGACACCAUUAACUUUCAGAUGGAAUCAUAUGUUCAUUCAAUUGAAGAUUUUGGUGGGUCUAGUUUACCAGCAACAUUUGGUAUUAAGAUAGAAAUAUCAACUCAACAAAGUUCACCAGUUACAGUUUCCAUUGAGGGUGGUACUGGUGGUCCUACUUGCAGCAUAACUGCACCAGAUGCUAAUGUAGCCACAGUAGACAAUCUUGGACCAGUUUCAUUUCAGCAAGAUCCAAUGACAAUUGUAGUUACUAAAACUGGUUCCCAAAGCUCCCUUUUACUUUCUUCAGUAUGCUCAGAUGGUGGAAAAUCAUUUACAAGCAGAAUUCCAGUUUACUUCUCUGCAACUGCUCCUUCACCAUUUGCAUCUGCAACAGGAGAUCCACAUUUUGCUCAAAAUGUUGUUGACCAAUCAACUAUGUCUACUAAACAAAUAUGUUAUGAUGUAACUGGGAAAAUGGGAGAUUAUAUAUAUAUUGCAUCAUUUUCUAAUAGUGGAAUAAAGGUUUUUGGCCAACUGAAAGAUGAUUAUUAUAUGCAUCAAAUUGUCAUUCAAUCUCCAUCUGCCAAUGUCACAGUAGCAUUAGAUGAUAUUCUUUUUGGUCAUAAACAUAAUAUUGAGUGGAAUGAAAAUAUAAAGGAAAUGACUUUUCAGACAAAUGAGUUGAAAUGUGAAAUUGUAAAUGACAAAAAGUUUUUAUGUACUGAAUUAAAGUCAUCAUUUCAAAUUGCUGUUGAAAAAUCAAAACACUUUUUAGGGGAAAUGCAUCUUGAUGUAGGUUUUGGACUUUUGCCUAAAAAUUAUAUUGAAAUGGGUGGAUUGAUUGGAGAUAUUGGCAAGAAAGAAUUUCAAUUCUUCUCACCAGUUCAAGUAGACCAGAAUAUUUUGACAAGUGAAAUAGUAGCUGUUCAAGUGGACAAAAAUUUGUUAAAAGGAAAUGUUGUAAAAAGAAAUGGUCAAGCUUGCUGGUUACUUGACACAAAUGAAAUUUUAAAACCUAUGAAGAUGACCAACUAUAUGUUCAAAGAUAUUAACUAAUAUUCAAGUCAAUUGAAUAAUUCACAUUUAAAAAUUUGGCUUAAACAAACAGAAGAAAUCAGUGUUUUCUUUAAUUCUCUAUUAACUUGAUACUUUUAUUUCAUAAAUUUUAAACUGACAUUACUAUUACAAUGUCAAAAGACAUUACUUAUGAAAGAUUGAUUUAAUACAUAAAUAUUCACAAAUUUUCC